AAACGACGUUCUUCUCACGCGGGCAGGGCCGAGUUCUUAAGACCCAAUCCCACCAAACCCCUCACCAGUUCUCUUAUCCCCUCCUCAUCUUCUCCCCGCACCCGACGACAUCGCUGGAGAAGGAAGCAUCAUGGCCGGAGCAGCAGCAGCCGCCGCCGCCGUGGCGUCCGGCAUCUCGAUCCGGCCGGUCGCCGCGCCUAAGAUCUCGCGCGCGCCUCGCUCUCGGUCGGCGGUGAGGGCGGCCGUCUCCAUAGGCGAGAAGGCUUACACGGUUCAGAAAUCUGAGGAGAUCUUCAACGCCGCCAAGGAAUUGAUGCCUGGAGGUGUUAAUUCACCAGUCCGUGCCUUCAAAUCAGUCGGUGGGCAGCCCAUAGUUUUUGAUUCUGUGAAGGGCUCUCAUAUGUGGGAUGUGGAUGGAAAUGAAUAUAUUGAUUAUGUUGGUUCCUGGGGUCCUGCAAUCAUUGGUCAUGCAGAUGAUGAGGUGAAUGCUGCACUUAUUGAAACUCUGAAGAAGGGAACUAGCUUUGGUGCUCCAUGUGCGUUGGAGAAUGUGUUGGCUCAAAUGGUCAUCUCCGCUGUGCCGAGUAUCGAAAUGGUUCGUUUUGUAAAUUCAGGAACAGAAGCUUGCAUGGGAGCACUCCGCCUUGUGCGUGCAUUCACUGGGAGGGAAAAGAUCCUCAAGUUUGAAGGCUGUUACCAUGGCCAUGCAGAUUCCUUCCUCGUUAAAGCAGGCAGUGGUGUUGCCACCCUCGGCCUCCCAGACUCCCCUGGAGUGCCUAAGGGAGCCACCGUUGGGACUCUAACAGCACCUUAUAAUGAUGUUGAGGCAGUUAAAAAGCUGUUUGAGGAUAACAAAGGGGAGAUUGCUGCAGUCUUCCUUGAGCCGGUUGUCGGCAAUGCUGGCUUCAUUCCUCCGCAGCCUGCUUUCCUAAAUGCUCUCCGUGAGGUGACCAAACAAGACGGUGCACUUCUGGUCUUUGAUGAAGUGAUGACUGGUUUCCGUUUAGCUUAUGGUGGGGCACAAGAGUACUUUGGAAUCACCCCUGACGUGACAACCUUGGGGAAAAUUAUUGGCGGUGGUCUUCCAGUUGGUGCUUACGGUGGGCGGAAGGAAAUCAUGGAGAUGGUUGCUCCAGCAGGGCCAAUGUACCAGGCAGGAACCCUGAGUGGAAACCCUCUAGCUAUGACUGCCGGAAUCCACACUCUCAAGCGUCUGAUGGAGCCUGGCACCUAUGAAUACUUGGACAAGGUCACCGGUGAACUUGUCCAGGGGAUAUUGGAUGCGGGUGCUAAAACAGGGCAUGAGAUGUGUGGAGGACACAUCAGGGGCAUGUUCGGAUUCUUCUUCGCAGGUGGCCCAGUGCACAACUUUGAUGACGCCAAGAAGAGCGACACCGCGAAGUUUGGGAGGUUCCACCGUGGGAUGCUGGAAGAAGGCGUGUAUCUGGCACCGUCCCAGUUCGAGGCAGGUUUUACAAGCUUGGCACACACAACCCUAGACAUUGAGAAAACCGUGGAGGCUGCCGAGAAAGUUCUUCGACGGAUAUAGACAAUUCGGAUUGCAAACCUUUUGGAGCUUUUCCUUCUGUUGUACUCUCUUAGUUGUACGUGGCUGAAGUUUAGUUUUGUAUUGUAUUUUGUUGUGCAGCAGCAGAAGCAGCAGUAUAUUGUCUCUAGACCAUUUCUUUUCUUCUGAAUUAGCAUUUGGGGUGAUUUUGUCUUGGCAAUAAAACUUCGGCUACGACCUCAA